UGAAUCUUUCCACGAAGAAGAUGGUUGACUUUUUACUUUGACCUCUGCCCAUAUAAGCUAAGCUGAAACCAAGAACUGCAAGCCAAAGCUGCUGCAAUGGCCGCGUUCCAUACUCUGACUACCUCCUCUUUCUUGUUCUUCUUCCUCUUCUCCUGCGGGUUUGCGCCACGAGCCCGGGCGCAGCAGCCCUACGGCUCGGCGAUCGCCGAUUGCGGCAACCAGCACAACUCCUCUGGUUUGCUUGGCUACUUCUGCAGCGGCAGCAGCGCGCCGUCCUGCCCGACCUACCUCACCUUCAACGCCCGCCCGCCCUACGCCGACCUCGCAUCCAUUGCAGCGCUCCUCGGCGCCGACGCCGCGGGCCUCGCCGCGGCCAAUUCGGUCGGGGAGACGGCAACGCUUGCGCCGGGCACCAAGGUGCUCGUCCCGACGACCUGCUCCUGCACGGCCACGUCGGGGGGACGGUUCUACCAGCGGAAUGUGACGUACGUGGCGCGCUCCGACGACACGCUGUUCAUCAUCUCCAACAACACGUUCCAGGGCUUGUCCACUUGCCAGGCGGUCCAGGCGCAGGGCCUCGGCGGCGCGCCACCGACGAGCCUCCUGGCGGGGCAGCCGCUCGCCGUGCCGCUGCGGUGCGCCUGCCCCAGCGCCGCGCAGGCCGCGGCCGGGGUGAGGUUCCUGGUGAGCUACCUCGUGGGCGAGUUCGACGACCUCAGCGCCGUGGCCGCGCGUUUCGGCGUCGACGCCGAGAACGUCGCGGCGGCCAACGAGCUGCAGACACCGUACACUAUAUUCCCUUACACCACCCUGCUCAUCCCCGUCAAGUCCCACCCUGACAUAUCGCAGCUCCAGACACCAGCGCCGCCGCCUCCGCCGCCGCCGCCGGUGGUAACGUCUGCGCCGGCCAAGAGGAGCAGUAACCAUGUCGGGGUUUACAUUGGCGUUGGUGUGGCAGUGGCGGCCGUAACUGUCAUUGCCUCUGCCGGAGCUUUCCUUGCUCUGAGGGCGAGGAGGAGGCGAGCCGGCGCCGUUCUGGACACCGGAGAACUGGCCAAGAAGGAAGGUAAAGUAAACGACAAGUCAACACCAUCGGUGGGCACCGGCCAGUUCUCCGUGUCGUUCAGCGAGGCGUUCUCGAGCAUUUCCGUGUCGGACAUCAAGUCCUCCCUGAAAGUGUACACGUACGCGGAGCUCAAGAAGGCGACCGACGAUUUCAGCCCGGAUUUCCGCAUCGGCGGGUCGGUAUACCGCGCGGUGUUCAACGGCGACGCUUCCGCCGUCGAGGUGGUCGACCGGAACGUGUCGGCAGAGGUGGAGAUCAUGAGGAAGAUCAGCCACCUCAAUCUGAUUAGGCUCAUCGGCCUCUGCCACCACCGCGGCCAGUGGUACCUCGUCACCGAGUACGCCGAGCACGGCGCGCUCCGGGACCGGCUCCUCGCCUGCGGCACGGGCGCGGCCGCGCCGCUGAGCUGGGCGCAGCGGGUGCAGGUCGCCCUAGACGUCGCCGAGGGGCUCAGGUACCUGCACGAGUACGCGCGUCCGCCAUGCGUGCACAUGGACGUGACUAGCGGCAGCGUCCUCCUCGCCGACGAGGGCCCCCGCGCCAAGCUCCGGAGCUUCGGCGCCGCCAGGGCCAUCACGGGCGGCAGCGGCGGCGAGGUGCUGUUCACGAUGACGAGCCGCAUCGCCGGGACACGCGGGUACAUUGCACCGGAGUACCUGGAGCACGGCGUGGUGUCGCCCAAGGCCGACGUGUACUCCCUCGGGGUCGUGCUCCUGGAGCUCCUCACCGGGAAGGACGUCGAGGAGCUGGUGGGCGACGGCGUUGGCGACCCAUUCGCCUCCUUACGUGAGCUGGCCGAGGAACACGACGAUGACGGUGACGCCGUGCUGCAGAGGCUGGAGGAGCUCGUGGACCCGGCGAUGCCGGCGGGGAGCUGCCCCCAAGACGCCGUCGUCGUGAUGGUAAGGCUGAUCGAGAGGUGCGUCCGGCGCGACGCGGCAGGCAGGCCGAGCACGGGGGAGGUGGCUCAGCGCCUUCUGCAGCUGUCCGGCGUCUCAGCGGUCAGUUAGCAGAGAUCACCGGAGUCGCUCCUGAGCUCCGGCAGCGGGAAAUGCCUAAUCUACUAGACUAGUAGUAGUCAUACCUGCCAUCCUGGGAAUUGUGAAACCACCAAAGUUUAAUCGUGCACGUUGAAUUGAGUUUAAGAACUGAUUGUUCUUGGAAAAAAUUGGAACUUGCUAUUAAUCAACCGACUCAAAUGCCUGUUCUCCAAACGAGUUGGAAAACGGAAGCUUGACUAG